CCCUCCUCCCCAUUCCUCAGGGCGAAGGAGAAAGGCACCUGCUAAAGAAGCUUGCGACCGGGGAAGAAGGAGGACAGUCUCCAACCCCGGCCUGCAGUUUCUUGCAGCGAAGGAAGGAAGGAGAAGAUCAGAAAAAGCUGCAGGCUUGAAUCAUGGCUUCUUCCUGGAUGGUGAGCGGGAUGGUGCUGCUAGUUGUGGCCGCCGGCUUGGUGGUCUCAUCAGCAGAGGAGCAGAACUUGGACGAUUGCAUAACCAUUACGUUCACCUCCGCCGUGGCCUGCCAGUAUGUCAACACGGAAGGCGCCGCCCCGGACGCCACCUGCUGUGAAGGUCUCAAGGAGAUGAAGGACAAGUUUGAUUUCUGCUUCUGCAGGUUCCUCCGAGACUCCGCCAACACUACCAAUGGCUGGUACACCCCAAACUACGCCAACAUGCUGCAGGCACCGGAGGUUUGUGGCGUCCCCAAUGGUAUCUCAGACUGCCCAGCCAUUUUGGGUCUGCCGGCGGAUUCUCCCGACGCCCUUGUAUUCAAGACGCAAAAGCCGGCAGCUUUCAUUAAAUCAGCUUCUCCAGCUUCUUCGCCUUCGCUGGACACAAAACCAACCUUCUCCUCCUCCUCAUUUCCAUUUGCCCUACCUCCAGAAGCUGCAUUUUCCAUGAGCGGAGGAGUCGUUGCGCACAUCUUCAGUCUCGGAACUGUGUUGAGCUCGAUGGCCGUUGCAGCAUGGAUCCUUGCAUGAACAAAUUAAACAUCCUGUAUCGGUUUACCGAAUAACUGUAUGAUCUAAACAUAAUGGGGAUCCAAUAAUAACAAUGGAAAUUUUCUUUCUUCA